UCCACAACUUCAGACAUCCCCACUGCAUCGCCAGCACCGAGACAGACAUGGCUACUUUUCAGCUCUCGCUCCUCUUACCGCCUCCUUCCAAGCCAACGUGCCUUCUCCCAACCCUUCCCCUCUCGCAGCCGACGAUCGCCGCGCCCCGCUUCUCCCGAUUCAAAUGUUCCGCUGGGCAGACUGGGUUCUUCACUCGCCUCGGCCGCCUCAUCAGAGAGAAGGCCAAGGGCGACGUCGACAAGAUCUUCUCCGGCUUCUCCAAAACGCGCAGCAACCUCGCCGUCGUCGACGAACUCCUUCUCUACUGGAACCUCACCGACACCGACCGCGUCCUCGACGAACUUGAAGAGGCUUUGCUGGUGUCUGACUUUGGGCCAAGAAUCACCGUCAAGAUUGUAGAAAGCUUGCGGAAAGAUAUAUUGCUUGGGAAGCUUAAAUCAGGGAGUGAGAUAAAGGAUGCUUUGAAAAAGAGUGUGUUGGAUUUGCUGACCAAGAAAGGGAAUAAAACUGAGCUUCAACUUGGAUUCAGAAAACCAGCUGUUAUCAUGAUUGUUGGUGUCAAUGGAGGUGGGAAGACAACUUCUCUCGGGAAGUUGGCCAAUAGGUUGAAGAAAGAAGGAGCUAAGAUAUUAAUGGCAGCAGGCGAUACAUUUAGAGCAGCUGCUAGUGAUCAGCUUGAGAUAUGGGCCGAGAGGGCUGGGUGUGAGAUUGUUGUAGCUGAAGGAGAUAAAGCCAAAGCAUCAUCAGUUCUUUCACAGGCUGUGAAAAGGGGGAAGGAACAAGGAUUUGAUGUUGUCUUGUGUGAUACAUCUGGACGUCUUCAUACUAAUUACAGCCUUAUGGAGGAGUUGAUUGCAUGUAAGAAAGCUGUUAGUAAAGUUGUUCCUGAUGCCCCGAAUGUAAGCUCAACUAUCUGGCUCUUCUGGUAG